CUGCGCUGGGCAUGGAGCCUGCUUAAGAUUCUCUCUUCCCCUUCCCCUCUCCCUUCCUCUCUAAAAACAAACAAACAAACAAACAAAUAAAUAAAGUGUCCAAUUCACUUUUAUUCAGAGUCGUGCAACUAUCACCACAAUCUAUUUUAGAACAUUUUCAUUACCUCAAAAAGAAAUCUUAUGAGAUUUCUCAUAAGAAUGAGAUAUCCACACAUACAACGGAAGCUUAUUUAGUCUUGAAAAGGAAGGAAAUUCUGGCUUGCUACAACAGGGAUGAACCUUGAAGACAUUUUGCUAAGUGAAAUAAGCCAGUCAAAAAUAAGUAUUGUAAGAUUCCACUUACAUGAGGUUCCUAGAAUAGUUAAAUUCAUGCAGACAGAAAGUGGAAUGAUGGUUGUCGGGUCUGAUAGAAGGGCGCAGGGAUGGGGGGUAAGGGGAGUUAUUGUUUAAUGGGUACAGAGUUUCAUUUUAUUUUAUGUUGUGUAUAUUUUACUAUAAUUAAAAAGAAAGAAAGAAAGAAAGAGAAAGAAAGAAAGAAAGAAAGAAAGAAAGAAAAAGAAAGAAAGAAAGAAAGAAAGCCUAUACCCAUUACCAGUCAUUCUCCAUUUCCCCUCAAGUCUAAGUAACUACUAAUCUACUUUCUUUCUGUACAGAUUUGCCUAUUCUAGGCAUUUCCUAUAAAUGGAAUCAUACAGUAUUUGGCCUUUUAUGUCUGGCUUCUUCCACUUUGCAUAGUGUUUUCAAGGCUCAUCCAUGUGGAAGCAUGUAUUAGUACCCCAUUCCUUUUUAAGGCCAACUAACAUUCCAUUGUAGGGACAUACCACAUUUUAUUUUUCCGUUUAUCAGCUGUUUCCACUUUUUGGCUAUGAAUAUUCGUGUAUACGUUUUUGUGUGCACAUGUUUUAAAUCCUCUCAUUAUGUAUAUUAGCUAAUGUGUGGCAUGGACUUGUUGGAUCAUAUAGUAUAACUCCACCUCUGAGGUAGUUCCAGAUUGUUUUCCAAAUUGAUUACACCAUUUUUCAGUCCCUGCAGGAGAGUUUUCAGUAAAUUAAAAACCAAAACAAAAAAAAACCAAAACAAACAAACAAACAAAAACUAUGGGCACCCUUGGCCUGUGAAAACAACAAAAAGCAAAGGUUUGUAUCUGUCUUUCUCCCUCUUCUUUGCCUUACGGGGGUGCAACAGUGAUUUAAUUAAAGAGGGUGUAAGAACGGUCUGGGUCCCCACCCCGAUGAGAGGUGGGGGCGAGGUCCCGGCAGCCCCCGCGCCACCAACGUCGGCGAGGUGCGCGCAGGCGUGCUACGGUCUCACUGGGUGUUAGUCUCAAGGGAGCGUUCGCCUGGUGGGGCUCGGUGGGUGAAGAUUGGGUGUUAUGCACUAUUGGGUCGGGGCUCCUGGUAGCAGAGGCUGCGGAUGCGGUGGGAGAAGUCCUAGAUCCCAGGGUGUGAGGUAUUCUCAUGUUUUCUGUGCAUUUCACCAGCUGCAGUCUUUACCAACAACUGUGGUUUAAUCAUUAGUAAUAGAGAAGAAUCAUUAACUAGGAGAAAAUGUCAAAUCUAAAAAUGAAAGAGGCAGCCCUUAUCUAUCUUGACAGAAGUGGAGGCCUCCAAAAGUUUAUAGAUGAUUGCAAGUACUACAAUGAUUCAAAACAAAGUUAUGCUGUCUAUCGAUUCAAUAUUUUAAUAAAUCCCUCUGAUAUUGUUGAAUUGGAUGCUGAACUUGGAAAUCACAUUUUACAUGAGCCUUUAAAAGCUGCUCAAGUUUUUCAAUCAGUCUGUUUUACUGCUGUUAAGACUCUCUCAUUAAUUGGACAAUUACAGACUGAAACUCAAAUUAAUAUAGUGCUGAAGUUAACACAUUUGCCUCCUCUGCGAAGUUAUAGUCUUGAUCUUUGUGAGUUUCCACUUGAUUAUGCAUCUCAAAGAUUUUAUAUGAUGCAAGGAAUUGUGAUUGCAAUGACAACUGUAACCAAGUAUACACAAGGUGCAAGAUUUCUUUGUUCAGAUGAAGCAUGCCCUCUUUCAAAAGGAUUUCAGUAUAUAAGAGUGCAUGUGCCUGGUGCUACAGAAUCUGCAACAGUAAGAAAUGACUUUUUGUGUGAUCUGUGUUCAUCUUCACUUCAAGAAGACAGAAAAUUUAGAGUACUUGGUGAUAAACAGAUCGUUGAAAUAAUCACAGCAAAGGCACUUCAUGCUUUUCAAGGAUAUUCUAACAACCAGCCAUUUAGAUUUCAAUCUCUUACAAUUUUUCUAAGAGAUGAAUCAGUGGGUAAAAUGAAUAUAGGAAAUGAGUAUAAAAUUAUUGGAAUUCCAACCUGUGUAAAAACUUCACAAACUGCUGUCUGUAUAGAGGCAAACAGUAUCAUUUCUUGCAAUCCAAAAGUUCCCUCAGGAAUUAGCGACAAUUUCAGGUAUCUUCUCUCUUUGACUUCCAGCUCAUGCUGGAAAUUUACAGCAAUACUAGCCAAUAUCUUUGCAUCACAAAUUGUUCCUCCUGGGACUUACAAUUUACUCAAGCUCUGUUUGCUGAUGAGUCUAGUACAGACAAGUGACCGUAACAAGGAACUGAAAGAUUGCCUGGAUAUUUUAAUUAUAACAAGUGAUACUCUACUUGUAGACAGGCUUUUGAAUUUUAGCAUAAACCUUGUGCCCCGUGGUAUACGUCAUCCGGUCUCUACUGAAAUUUUUCCUACUCUAUCCAGGAAUAAGUAUGGAACUGGAGCAGUUAGCAUUCAAGCUGGCAGCGCUUUGCUAGCUAAAGGUGGUAUCUGCUUUAUAGGAGACUUGGCUUCACACAAAAAAGAUAAACUAGAACAGCUUCAAUCAGUUAUGGAAAGCAGAAGCAUCACAGUAUACAUCCCAGGAAAGAAGUUUGGGGAUGAUGUUAAUCAACAAAUGACUUUUCCAGUUCAGUGCAGUUUUUGGUCUUUUGUUGAUAUGGAUUCAUCUUCAAGGAAAAAUAUGCAGAAAACCAACACUCUAAUUGGUCAGAUGGAUUGCAGUUUGAUUCCAGCUAAUCUCCUAGAGACAUUUGGAUUGUUGAUUAACUGCAAUGAAUCAUCUCCUUGCCACCCACUUCUUUCUACUGUGCAGCAUACUUUAAAGAAAGCCAUUGAUCCUGAAGAGCAGCUUUAUGUAGCUUCUAAGAAGUUCACAACUGAAGAUUUUGAAAAGCUGCUGGCUUUUGCAAAGAAUUUGAAUGUAGAAUUCAGUUUGGAGGCAGAAAGAAUGAUUCAUGGCUAUUAUCUAGCUAGUCGAAGAAUCAGAACAGAUUCUGUAAGUGGAUCAAAACUGUCAUCAUCUGCAUUAAAAUACUUAGUUUCCCUAGCUGAAGCCCAUGCUCGACUGAACUUAAGGAAUCAAGUGCUUAAAGAAGAUGCACUAAUUGCAGUCUUAUUAUUUGAAACAUCUCUCACACUGAAAUAUGGGGCCACUGUAUUUUGUGUUGCUCCAAAUGCAGUAUUUCCAUUUGAAUUGUAUAAUGAAGAAUAUUUAGAGCAAAGGGAUAUCUAUUUAAUUCAGUGCCAACAGCAGCUCCAACAGUUUAUUGCCACGUAUGGACCUGGGACAGCUAUUUUCACUAGCGAUGAAUAGCCAACCUGAGGACAGUGUUUUCUUCAUAUUUAAGCAGUGGAAAAGUGUGAUUUUAAAGUAA